AUGAAUGCAUAAGCAGUUUGGGAACAUAAACGGAAUAAACAGAAUAAACUCCUCCAUAUUAUAGUAGAUUCUAUAUACAUUAGACUAGCGCUGCUUUGCAAUAGUCCUUUGAUCAACUAUAAUGCUGCCAAUACCGUGAUAUAUGGUGACGGUGCUUAAUAUUACAUCCUUCAGAAUGAUUAAUUGGUUUGCACAAUGACAUAUCAUUAAUCACAAAAUCUCGGAAUUCUGAAUAAGUUUGAGUCUUCACUAUAAACAAUAAUUGCAAAUAUCACUUACAUGAAGUCGACACUGAAUUCAGAUAAUAGCAAAAUAAUUUAAAUAACAUUAUCUUUGGCAGCAAUCGAAUUUGUUUUAAUAAUCGCCGUAAUCAAUUACUAUGCAAAAUCCAUAUCUUUGAUUGUGGCUUCCCCCAUUGAUGAACUCACCCAUUCCCUGAGAAACAUAGAUCAAAACAACAUUGAUGAAUACUUUUCCGAAAGACUCUAAGGAGAAUCUUCGAAACUGAUCCCAGAUGAAAUGAUCCUCUUAUUGAGAAGUGUCUAUGAUUUUAUAGGCAUUGUCAAAAUAGCAAAUGAAGCAUUUAUAUAAGGUAAUGAUGGUCAAGCAAUUAUUGGGUACGCAGUAGCUAAUCAAUUUUAUUUAGAGAACGGCAACAGAUUGGGAGCAGGAGUCAUUCAGAAUAAUAUGGGAGUCAUUCACAUAAGAAAUAGAAGAUUUUAAGAGGCAAUCUUUUGUUUCAAGGAAGCAAUAAUCUGCAUUGAGAAUGAAUGGGAAAAAUACAAACACAAAUAUUAGAGUGUUGGAAUUUAUGAGGACGAACUAAUCAUAGAUCAGGAAUAUCAGAACUUAAGUAAAAUAGUAUUCAAUCGUUGUUUUAAUCUUUGUGAAGCCCUCAGUGAAUUUCUAUUAUCUGAAAUAUUAGAACUACAAGAAUUAUUAUUUUCUCAUAAGACUCAACGAAAAUCAUUAUUUAAUAUGGAAAAUAUGAUGUAUGCUUAACUUGAAAACACACAUGCCACGAGACAAAAGGCUGUUUCAGUUUUUAAUUAAGAUUAAGAUGAGGAGUAGGAAUCAAUUGAAAAGAUUAUCAAAAUAAAAGGGAAUGCCAAAAGAAAUGUACUUGAUCUUCAAAAAUUGAAUGACAUAAUGUUCACUAUUCGAUCAUAAUUUUUGGGGACUCAUGACUUUUAAAAUAACAUCAUAAUCCAUAACAUAGAAAAGGUGACAGAGAAGGAAAUAGAGUUCCUUAUUCAAUAAUUAUGGAGAGACACCAUUAGAACUUAUGAGUAUUGUUAAGAUAUAAUGCAAUUUCAUUUGAACAAGAAGAAGUAAAAGUAAUUGUACAUAACUCAAAAAUUAAUUAUCGGCUAUUUAUAAUAUGGUCAAAUGAGCAAAAGCGAAGAUCUAAUCUUAAUUGCUUAUGAGCAAUACAAUAAAAUUCAGCAAGAAAAUGAGGACACAGAAUUAGGACAUAUUUCACUUCUUGAAUAGAAGCUAUACUUAUCACAUGGAUUGGUUUUAUAUAAGAAAAAUCUAAAGUUAGAGGCAGCGUAAUUGCUGGUGAAAUCACUAUGUGUGAAUGGUAAAUUUAGCAGUAGAGAUCGGUUAUAAGCGUUAGUGAUGUUGAAGGCUAUAUUUUAGCAUUACAGCAGACCUCUUGUGAAAAUUAAUGACUUCUUAAUCCAAUAUUAACCAAUCGCUAAGGAUUGGAUAUUCAUUUUGGAUGGAAGCCAGAAUAUGAAGUAGGAUCUGGCUAUUGUCAGAGCUUGUAGGACACUUCACAACAUUAUCAGGAACAUUAAUUCGCCAAAUGAUAGGGUGAGUUUUGGAAUUCUAAAAGAGGACUACCAUGAAUUUGCUCCUUUGAUUGGGAAAGUGGACAACGCGGCUUACAUUGAUAAGAUUUUCUAAUUGAUUCCAAAACCAAAAGGAAUUUGCAAUUCUAAUCUUAUUAACUCUAUAGCUGAUAAGUAUUAAGCUCAUCCUAAUUUAAUUACUAUAGGGAAUGAUAGAUAUUUAACCAAGGAUGGAGUUGCUUUUAUGAGGUACAAGAAAGUGAUAGUAUUCGCUUGUUGGAAGUUUGAGGGUAUCCCAAUCAAGGAGGAGUUUAUUAUUAUUAAGUUUGGACAAAGGUCUGAGAGACAACUGGGGGAAUAGGGGAAUGUAUUGUUUGAGGAUGAGUGGAAUAAAGUAUUGAACAAAUAUUAAUAGUUAUUGACGGAGUAGAAUGACAGCAAUUACUUUUUAGAAUAAAUAUUAUGA